UCCCUCUUUCACUCUCUCUCGUUCGAAGCUCUCGCUGCCCUGGAAAAAAUUCCACAGAGUACCUGGAAAUCUCAACGAUAAACACUGCAAAUUUGAAAGAGACUGCAUUCGAAAGAGAAGGAUUCAAUACCUGGAAAUCUCAUUGCGUUUUAAGGUUAGGUUUUCGUGUCUUUCUGUUUUGCCCUAACUUUAUGCAAAUUUCAUUCUCCAUCUUUUCAGAAAUGUCACACAUUGCUUUAACUGCAUCACCCACCGUAGUCGCUUUUCACCGUGGAGCGAAACAAUGGAGCACGCUGUUUCCGAGUAGCUGGAGAAGCAGGGGAAUCAAUCCAUCCUCAUUUCUAAAUUCCACCAGAAAACGGUUACCGUUGCGGUUUUUUGCUUCUGAAAAAAAUGGCGUCAAUGGAGGUGUUGUGGAUGAGAUAUCUGAAACAGUAAAGGCGCACACGGAUUUCGUUUGGCCUGAUAACAAGAAGCCUAGAGUGUGUAUUUUAGGUGGUGGAUUCGGUGGUUUAUAUACUGCUUUAAGGUUGGAAUCACUCCAGUGGCCCGAAGACAAAAAGCCACAUGUGAGUAUUCGAACAUUCAAAUUCAAUUCAGUUCUUUCAAGUGUGUGGAAAUUGAUGCAAAAUCUGUGAUAGGAAUAACUUAGGAGCAUCUUUCUUGAUGAGAUUAUGUCUCGGUACAGAACAUUCAUCAAUGGAGCAAAAGAGAAAAAAAAAGAAUCAUAUAACAACGUGGAAAUGCCUUACUCCUAUAUUAGUUUCCUUAACAAGUUCCCUAAUGACACUCUUUAGAAUAUUCCUUAUAUUUAUAUUUAGUGGAGCAUUAUGUUAGAUUGUAAGAGAUGAGAGGAACUGAGUUUAAAUUUAAUCCCAAUUAUAUGUUAUGAUUGCAUGGUGAGGAAUGGAUUAGGAGUAUGUUUGGAUUGACUUAUUUAAAUUUAUCUCCUGACAUAAGCACUUGUGAGUAUGUUUGAAAGAACUUAUGGAAACAGCUUAUGACAUGGCUAUAAAAUGUUUUCAACUUAUAUCUAUAAGCUCUCCAUGAUAGGUUAUGAAAACAACUUAUAGCUUAUAAGAGUAUAGUAUAACUUUAUUUUAUCUUUUAUUAUGGAAAUAGUUUAUACUAAAACCACUAUAUGAUAAACACUUAUGCUAUAAGCGCUAUAUUGAACUGUUUAUCCAAGCUGAGCUUAACUCUCAUGAAUCAUGGUAAGCUGCAAUAUAUUUUGUUCUUAUUUUGCAAGUUGAUUGUACCACUCAUUAUAAAUCUUGCUUAUAUCCUUGCACUGUGGCUUAGUUGUUGAUUUUUCUGCACUUUUUCUGAAAAGCAAUGUGUGACAUUUCUGAAAAGAUGGAGAAUGAAAUUUGCAUAAAGUUAGGGUUGGAUUUAUCGAAGUCAAGAACUUAGAGCAAUGUCUCAUAUUUUGGCAAUCCUAUUACAUGUUGGUUUGAAUGAACAGUUAAACUUCAAAAUGUACAUUCAUAUUUUGGCAUAACUUUGUCUGCUACAGUCAUAUUUUGGUUCUUACUUGUGAAUUGAAUUUCUUGAAUGAUCGAUUACUUGGUUCUUGAAUUGUUCAUGUGCAUCAUAUAAGUUUCUUGAAUUGUUUUAUACGUUAUGACUUAUCCUUGAUGUUGUUUUAUAUGUACAGCGCUCAUUCCCUGUGUUUCCGUGAGUUUGACCUUCUCGACGUUGCUGUUCGGUAAAUCCGAGGUAAAUUUCUUCCUCAAAUUACUGGUACACUGUGAUGAAUUUGUCUGAAAUUGCGUGAAUAUGUUGUGUUUUCUUGCUCCGUAUUCAUUCCGUGUAUACUUUGGGUUUUGACAGAAACGCGUUAUACCGUUUUGUACCCUAAUUACUUUGCGUUAAAACCAUGGAUAAGACAUGGAUGUAUUCCAA